ACACAUAGGGUGUACACACAGAUGCGCGUUGAAAGUUUGAUAGUGGUUUCAGUCAGCGGUAAAGCUCCAUGCACCGUUGGCCACCACUGGCGAGUUACUCUUCUGCUUAUCCAAAUGCGUGGCGCUAUUUACAAGACAUCCGGCAUUUUCCUGGAUUAAAAAGCUUUCAAAAGAUUCAAAAGGCGAGGAUUUGUAGCCGACAGCCGUCAUUAUUAGGCUACUAUAGAUCUAAAAUACUGGAACGGAACCGUUCAAUUUCUUUGACGUUUUAAUUUCUUUGACGUUUUAAUUUCUUUGAAUUGUAUAUAAGACACUCCUGCAAACAUGUCUCGAGACCCAGACGACGUGAAUAAACUGACCGAAAGUACAUAUAAGAAUGUGAUGGAGCAGUUCAACCCUGGCCUGAGGAAUCUGGUUAAUCUGGGGAAGAGCUACGAGAAAUCUGUCGCAGCGAUGACUCUGGCUGGGAAGACCUACUUUGACGCUGUGUCUAAGAUAGGGGAGACUGCCGCUGUGUCUCCUGUGUCCAGAGAACUGGGUGUGGUUCUUAUGGAUAUCUCUGAGGUUCACAGGAAGGUUCACCUGGAAAUGGAGGAGAAUUUCAAGAGGUUCCACAAGGAAAUCAUCAUCGAGCUGGAGAAGAAGACAGACAUGGACGUGAAGUACAUGACCGCCACCUACAAGCGGUACCAGUCAGAGCACAAGUCGAAGCAGGACUCGCUAGACCGCUCGCAGACAGACCUGAAGAAGCUCCGCAGGAAGAGCCAAGGCAAACACGCCAGCAAGUACCAGAUCAAGGAGAACGAGUGCCUGGAGACGGUCACGACCCGUCAGAUGGACAUGCAGUCGUUCAUCGCCGACGGCUGCAAGGAGGCCCUGCUGGAGGAGAAGAGGCGCUUCUGCUUCCUGGUGGACAAGCACUGCAUGUUCUCCUACCAGACCGCCGCCUUCCACGAGAAGGCGAAGGAGAUCCUGGCGGAGAAGCUGCCCAGCUGGCAGGAGAAGUGCAGCGAUGCCACCAAGGUGCCCGACACGGUGAUGACCAUGAUCGAGGGGCUUCGCACGCCCGUCGCCACCACCCCCCAACCCUCGCCACGCCUGGAGCACUACAACAGCAACAACCUGGAGACAAUGGUUCCCCCUCCAGCUCCCCAGCUCAAGGCCCAAAUCAGCCCUCUGGCCAACAUGUUCCACCCGGACCCACUCAGGUCCCCCAUCAGGUCCGCCUCUUACGACCAGAACACAGACCAGGGCAGCUCAGAAGACGGGGACAGCCUGUCCCGGUCGGUGUCCCUGUCGUCAGGCCUGAACCUGGGGAAGAAGUCCAAGGUGCGAACCAUCUUCCCCCACAUGGCCGGGAACAACGCCACACUGCUCAGCUUCGACGAAGGUGACAUCAUCACGCUGCUCAUCCAGGAGGAGAAGGACGGCUGGCUGUACGGAGAGCUGGAGAAGACCAGGCAACGCGGCUGGUUCCCCUCAUCUUACUGCAGGCCUUACAGUGAGCCAGCGUUCUCCAACAGCAGUAGUUUGGGGACCCCAGUGCGGAGUCAGAGCGUGGGAAGUCUGCUGGAACAGGAGGAGGAGGAGGAGAAUGUGUUGCUGCCACCUCCAGACUACAGCGAUGACACCCAGGGGAGCCUCAGCAUCCCCUCCUCACCCUCGCCCGACAACACGAUGAUCCUACCCAAUGGGAUAGGGAAGGCUCCCUUUCUGGGAGGCGGGAACCCGUUCGCCACAGUCAGGCUGAAGCCCACCGUCACCAACGACAGAUCAGCACCCAUCGUCUGAUCAGAGGAUGACGAAGAUAAACACUCCAAACUCUCCUUAAGCCCCCCAUCUCAACCAAUGUCCUGCUAGCCUGGCAUGCCAGAUUGUUCCAGCACGAACCAUCCACGUCACUCUCUGGUUGUCAAAAGAAAACAGUUGGUGAAUUGACUGAUCCAAACUACUUCCGAAGUCAUGGACUCAUGACGACGAUGAUGAUGAUGAUGAUGAUGAUGAUGAUGAUGAUGAUGAUGAUGAUGAUGAUGAUUAAGUGACUGGGGUGGCGUGAUCAGUGCUGGAACAGACUAGCAUCCAGACUACCUUCCUGACUCGACAGCGAUGAAGAUUGUUUGCCUGUUUGUUCGUUCUGUCCAGAUAUAUAGAGAGAUCUAUACAGUGUACGCUAGUUGUGGGAAUGAAGGGAGAGAGACAUGUUUGGUUUAAAUGGACUGUUUGAGUAGCCAUACUGGGUGGCUGUAGUCCAGUCUACAUGGUCAUGAUCGUUUUUUUGAUAGGGACAUUAUUUAUAUAUAUUUGAAGAUGAUUCUUUGAGGUUUUAAAACAAAACGUGACAUACACACUCACACACAUACAAACAAAUGUGUAAUGAGAGUUAAAUCGAAGACUAGACAUGCAUAGUCAUUUGUAUGUUGUGUUUUAAUUUCAUUUGCCAUAAACUUUUAGAUGACUUCUAGGUGCCAUUGAUGGGCGAAGCAUUGACCGAUUAGUACUAGUUCUAAAUAUGUAAUGACUUCUGGAUGUUUUUACUAUUGUGAAAGUGGGGUGUCAAUUUAUUCCUCUGCUAAGCUUCCUAUGCUAAGCUUAACUGCUUGUGUAUUAACUGUUGAAAAUCACAAAUGUCCCUUACUACUGGUAGAUACUGUAAUGUACAGUACAAAAUAUAGGUAUUAUUUGUCUUCAUUUAAGCUACAAUAAGAAAAUGUAUCACACACAGUCGAAAAGGACAAAAAGAAAACAGAGAACUGUCUGUUCACUUACUGUAGUGUGUUAUGGAGUCCAAAUGUACCAACUACAUUGCCAUGGUGAGGUUUCACAUGCCCUCAAGUGUGCACACAUUUUAAACUGUUGGGGGAAAUAGCUGUGAUACUUUUCCUUUCCUUUCCUCACCUCACAGUAAAAGUAUGUUCCACCACACAGUUUUCAAGACUAUAUAAAGUGUAUUAUUUUAAAAUCA